UUGCACACGGCACCGGCAAAAGCGUUCGCUAGAUUCUACAGUACUAGUAUAGAAUAGUACAGUACAGUACAUGUUUCGUUUUGAACUCUGACGCCUGUUAUAUUACCAGCAGUUCCGCAGUUACUUCAUCUCGAAUCGACUAGCUAGGAAGUGUGCCGCACGAUCUUUCACGGUAUGUACUGUAAGUACAACCGUUAGUCUGAGAAAACGGCCGGCACCAUCGGACAUGCUUAGAAGCGCCGAAGCCCUAGCAACCAAGGAUGGCCGUUAAUGGUUUUGAUUUGCGUGACGUGCUCGCAUAAGACGGAUGAGUGCAGGAUUGUUUUAUUUUGGUGAUGUGACGCGUACCAGUACAUCCGUCUCUGCUGUUGGUUAAUUAAGUACAUAGAUAUUGCCUCAGCCAAUAAUGUGUUCGCCUGAAACGUUUAUAUCAGCCCACAUUUAUGGUUAAAAUAAAUCUGACAACGACAGCAGCAGUCUUUGGUGCACACUAAACAUGAGCCAAAAUUACUUACCUUCACCAUGCUCACCUUAAUGUCAAUUUAUUAAAUCCGGCGAAUAAUGGACGUCAGUUCGUUAUUAACGACUGUGUGGCUUAAUGAGCGUUGUAGUCAAUGACCGCACUAUCCUCCAGCGACCCGUGAAAUGGGUGUUCUAUUCCAGUUCCUGGACUUUUCCAUCCAUCUGACCUUUUUUUACCUUUUCCGCACUGACGUCAGCGUCCCGUGGUACGUCAUUUCAGAGUUCAUUUACUGCCUCCUAAAGGUCAUCACUGCCUUGCGCCCCACGCUAAACACCGGUCCCCUGCGGCCUCUCCACCCCCACGAGCACGACAUGGAAUCGGUCGAGUGGCUGAACGAGGUCAUUCGCCGGUUGUGGACGCCCAUCAAUCGCUACCUCCAGCAUAUUUUUCGCGUAGAAAUCACGGCGCUUCUCAAUGAGGAACUGCAGCGGGCAAUUAAAGUGUCGUUUGCUUUUGUCAAGCUGGAUCUGGGGACAAUGCCGUUUCAAGUGGAAGGGGUUCGCAGCUAUCCGGAGGACCCGACAGAGGAGGUAUGCGUGGAUUUAGAUGUCCUGUACCGCGGCAAUGCGGAAUUUGUGGUCCGGGUGGGAUAUGUGCAAGCAGGCAUCAAAAACAUCCAAUUACGCGGAACGCUGCGGUUGAUUUUAAAGCCACUGCUGCCAGAAUUACCAGUUAUCGGAGGAACCCAGCUGUAUUUCUUGGAACCACCACAAUUACACUAUGAAUUUACCAACUUCCUAAACUUUCUGAACUUUGAGGCGGUGGCCGGCGUUCUGGACAAGACCAUCCACGGUAUUCUGCGCCACACUAUGGUGACCCCGCAUGCUCUUCAGAUUUACAUCGCCCAGAACUAUGCCAGCCACGAUCUGGAGAUUGACCUGCCUCUGGGCAUCGUCCGCAUUCACCUCAUCGAUGCUUUUCAACUGGAGGCUGCCGAUCUUCACGGCGUCUCAAACCCCUAUGUAGAGUUCACUUACGGCAACGAGGUAUUCGUGUCGCCGGUGGUGGAAGACAGCCUAAGUCCCACCUGGAACCAUUUCUACCAGAUUGUCUUUCACCGGCGCAGCGAGCGUAUCCCCUUGACCUUUACGGUGUUCGACCAGGACCCGAUUACCCGCUUGCCGCUGGGUGAAGGGCGGUUGGACCUAUUACGGGUGCAAAUCAACGGAGUCAUUGAGGAGUUUUACGCUUUGGAGAACGUCGGCAGUGGGAUUCUACAUUUACGUUAUGAAUGGCGGAGCUUAUCCGAUCGUUUCGACGACUUCACCAUGCAGAUGCUGAUCUGCCAGCGUAUUCGGGAGAAGACCAACUGCAUCCUACCGGUGGCGCUGUGCUACGUGGUGGCGGCGUCCAAAGCUCAUCUAGAUCCUUUCCACCUACCCAGGAGUUUCCCGGUCAAGGUCACCGCACGGCUGGGUGACCAGCAGCGAACCUCCAACCGGCAUGAUUACGCCAAGGUACCGGCGUGGAAGGAGGUCCUAGCAUUUCCUAUCUAUGACCUGCUGCACGAUGAGAUUCAAGUGGAAGUCGUGGACGGGGUCAAGGACGUCCGCUUGGGGCAGGGUUUUGUAAGAUUGGCGAGUGUGUUAAAAUCAAAGGGGUUGACUGUGUCGACGAGUUUUGAAGUCAAUGAUGGAUUUGUCACACUGUCAGUGGUGUCGUUGAGGGUUGUUGUGAGGACGUUCCGAGCGGAGGGCGAUGCGCCGCUCUUCGAGCCGGAUAUCAGUGUUCGAAGCGUGGCCGCCGCGCGAUGACAAUAAGGUUUAUAUAAUAAUAAUACGUAAUAAUAAAAGAACUAUAUUAUUGUUGUGUGACAAUGUUUUGGUGGUUGUGCACGGAAAAACUAGAACUACUUGGAGUAAAUGUCAUAAUCAACCGAAAGAAUAUGUAAAUUAUGUGGCUUACUGUUCG